AUGGUCAAGGAUCAUUGCAGUUUAUCGCAACCGUGGAUAGACAGUGAUUUUGCGCCUUGUUUUAGAGAAAAUGUCAUUGAUGGUGCAUUUCUCUUGGCAGUACUGGUAUGGUCAAUGGUCGUCAUCACCAAAGCAGCCAUCAAGCAUUACCAAUCAACAUCUGCUGGGUACACACCUCUCUUGAAGACCACUGCCAAUCAACACUAUGGCUCUACAACAGCAAAUACAACUGCUGGAACAGUCUCAGCAAGCGACGCUGCAUCAGAUGCCACUAUCACCAUGGAUGUCGAAAUCAAAGCAUCUCGCUGGACCAUCUAUAACUGGUCUAGACUGAUCCUUUCUUUGGCGCAGCUGGGCUUGUUUGCAUGUGCCAUGCAACAGAUCAUGGAGCACAAAUAUCAGUACUCUCCCAACGAAGGAAGCAAAUCUGAUAUAUUACAUGCGUAUGGUAUGCGUGUCAUUUUUUGGGCAUUCUCCUCCGUCAUGUCAAUUGUCAUUAUCUGCUUAUCAGCAACUCCCAGCAAAUUAGCCAACAAGAUCUGUCAUCAGCUCAAUUUGUUGUAUUUGAUUGAUUUCCUUGUUACUGUCAUUGAUAUGAGAUCUUAUUAUAUCUUGGGUGUGAGCGCAGGUAUGGGAUAUUCGUUAUCCUUCUGGACGGGUGCUAUUGAUCUGGCACUGCUUAUCAUUGUUAUUAAUGAGACUCGCUUGGCUCCUACAAAGCCGGUCAUCACUGAAGAGGGCAGAGUCAUGUCGGGUGAAAAUUGGGCCUCCUUGUAUUCCCAAUUCAUGUUCAGCUGGGUCGAUGUCAUGAUGAAGGAGGGCUACAGACGCACACUCGAUGAUAAGGAUUUGCUUGAGCUGCCACCCAACAACAGAGCCAAAUACACUCUGUCUGAUUUCAACAAGCACAAGACAAGCACCAAUGUAUCCGCCACUAUCCUCAAGACGUUCCGUUGGGAAUUGUUCUACCAAGCCUUGUACUGCUUGGGUUGGUCUAUUCUCAUUUUUGGCCCUCCCUUCUUUUUGAACUUGAUCAUCAAAUACAUUGAAGAUCCCAAGGGUGAACCUGCCAUUACUGCCUUUUUGUAUGUCUUUGGUUUAUUCAUCACCAACUCGGCUCAAUCUCUUCUACUCCAGCAGGGUCUGUACAUUGGUCGUACCAUUGGUAUCCGUAUUCAAUCCAUUAUCAUUGGCGAAGUAUUCUCCAAGUCGCUUCGUCGUCGUGAUGAAAGUGGAUCCACCGACGUCAGCAAGGAAGAGACGGAUGACACCAAGGACAAGAAGGACACCAAGGGCAACGUCAACAAUCUGCUGUCGGUAGAUGCUCAAAAGGUAGCUGAAAUCAUGGCCUACAUCUUUUACAUCUACUGCUACCCUCUUCAAAUCGUCGUCAGUAUCUGGGGUUUGUACAAGCUUUUAGGCAAUGCUGCUCUCUGGGGUGUCCUUGUGAUGAUCUGCUGUCAACCUGUCACUUACUAUGUCGGCACGCAAUUUGAAACGCUGCAUGCCUCUGUCAUGUCUGCUACUGAUAAGCGCCUCAAGCUAAUGAACGAGCUCUUAUCUGCUAUUCGUAUCGUCAAGUUCUUUGCUUGGGAAAGCGAGUUCAAGAAACGCAUCAUUCAAGCCAGAGAAAACGAAUUGAGCGCCAUCAAAUCUCGCUUGAUGAUGUUUAUGUGGAUGGUCAAUGCAUGGUUCUUUAUCCCCAUCCUGAUCAUGGUCGCCACUUUUUACGUUUAUACCCAAGAAUACUCUUUGACUGCGUCCGUUGCUUUUACUGCUUUGGCCUUGUUCAACACCUUCCGCGGUGCCCUUGAUGAGUUCCCUCUGUUGAUGACAUUCCUUAUCCAAGCACACGUCUCUGUCAAGCGUGUAGAGAAGUUUUUGGACGAAGAUGAAGUCGAACUUCCUGUGCAAAGAAACACGGAAGCUGCUCGUCAUGGCGUCGCUCUUGGUUUUGUGGAGAAUGCUACUUUCAGCUGGGACAGCCAUCGUGAUAGCUACAACAAGCCCUCUAUUAAAAAUCUCAACCUGAGUUUCCCCAUUGGCAAGCUGUCUAUUGUCUGUGGCCCUACUGGUUCUGGCAAGACGACUCUGUUGGCCAGCUUGCUGGGUGAAACCUACUGUCUCUCUGGCCAAGCUAUCCUGCCUCGCAUUAUUCCCACCAGGUCCAGCCCCCUUGGCGGUGCCGUCUCUGGCAUUGCCUACGUUGCUCAAACGGCGUGGUUGCAAAACUGUAGUAUUCGUGACAACAUCUUGUUUGGCUUGCCUUAUGAUGAGGAGCGCUACGAAUCUGUCUUAUACAUGACUGCAUUGACCCGUGAUUUGGACAUUUUGGAGUUUGGAGAUGCUACUGAAGUAGGAGAAAAGGGCAUCACCUUGAGUGGUGGUCAAAAGCAAAGAGUGGCGAUUGCUCGUGCUGUCUACUCGCAGGCUAAUACUGUUAUUUUGGACGAUUGUCUCAGUGCUGUAGAUGCUCACACUGCCAAGCAUUUGUACGAGCAUUGUUUGACGGGUGAAUUGAUGAAGCAUCGCACAAUCAUCUUGGUCACGCAUCAUGUGGGUCUGUGUCUUCCUGGUGCUAGCUACGUUGUCGCUUUGAAAGACGGUCAAGUGGUCGAUGCUGGCUCUCCAAAAGCCAUGUUGAAGUCUGGUGUUUUGGGUGAUGAACUGUCGCAAUCUGAGGAAGCCGAGGCCGUCACUGCUGAAGAAGCUGCUGUGGAAGGCCCCAUUCCUGUUGUUCCCAAGAACAUCAACAAGAAGACGGCUGCUGGUGGCAAGUUGACGCAAGACGAAGAGCGCGCUGAAGGUGGUGUCACCUGGGACGUAUACAAGACGUAUAUCAAUGCCUCUGGUGGCGUCAAGUUUUGGUUUUCUGUCAUGAUUCUCUUUGCCACUGCUCAAGCCUGUGUUCUGGCUCAAGAUUACUGGAUCAAGGUGUGGUCUGCUGCCUAUGGCCACGAAAACCACCACAGCAACCAGACCUCUGCUAACCCUACUGUCGGUGCUUUUUCUGCCCAUAACUCUGCCUUCUCCAUCUUGGGCCAAACCAACUUGAUGAACGCUUACACUGCUCCCAUCUACAAUGCCUUGGAUGCCAUUAAGAACUCGGAGGGACCUGUGGAUGUCAGAUACUAUUUGGGUGUCUACUUUUUGAUGGGUGUUGUUGCUCUGUUCAUGACCUCGCUUCGUACCUUUAUCUUGUUUACUGGCUCGUUGAAAGCAUCUCGUCGUAUUCACAGUGAGCUGUUGAACCGCAUUUUGCGUGCCAAGGUUCGUUUCUACGAUGUCACUCCCUUGGGCAGAAUUGUCAAUCGCUUCUCGUCUGAUCUGGCAACCAUCGACCAAGAAACAGCUCCUGCUCUCUCGUUCUUGCUGUAUUCCGUUGUAGCUACGCUCUGUGUCAUCAUCUUGGUGUCUACAGUGACACCCGCCUUCUUGAUCCCCGGUGUAGGCAUUGCCAUCAUGUUCUUUGCUAUUGGUUCCUACUAUCUCCAAACAUCGCGUGAUCUCAAGCGCUUGAAUUCGGUUAGUCGUAGUCCCAUCUACGUCCAAUUCAAUGAGAGUGUCAAUGGUGUUGCCACAAUUCGAGCCUUUGGAUCCCAAUUCAGAUUCAUCAAUGAGAACCACAACAAAAUUGACAGCAACAAUCGACCCUUCUUGUGGAUGUGGGCUACUAAUCGCUGGCUUCAUUGCCGUGUGGAUGUGCUCGGUGCUUUUGUUGGCUUCUGUACUGGUUUUGUAUUGGUGCUUGCUCGUGAUUGGGUUGAUCCUGGACUUGCUGGUCUGUCGCUCAGUUACUCAUUGAUGUUUACUCACCACGUAUUGUGGGUUGUACGUCAGUAUGCUCUUAACGAAAUGAACAUGAAUGCCAUUGAACGUGUGCAUGAAUAUCUUGACGUGGAAGAGGAGCCACCCACUGAGAUUGCUGAAACUGAACCUAGUCCUAGCUGGCCUGAGCAUGGCUCUAUCGAGGUGAGCGACUUGGUGAUGCAGUAUGCUCCCGAGAACCCUCCUGUGCUUCGCAAUGUCUCGUUCAAGGUGAACCCUCGUGAAAAGAUUGGUAUUGUGGGUCGCACUGGCUCAGGCAAAUCAACACUGGCUCUCUCCAUCUUCCGCUUCAUGGACCCCACCAGCGGCUCCAUCAAGAUUGAUGGUGUUGAUAUCCACAAAAUUGGUCUUGAUGUGCUUCGUUCUCGCUUGACCAUUAUCCCUCAAGACCCUGUUCUUUUCUCUGGCACGCUUCGUAGUAACUUAGAUCCAUUUGAUCAGCACAACGAUAUCGAGCUUUGGGCCGCCUUAAAACGUUCUCACUUGAUUGACGAAGCCAACAAUGAACAACAAGAUGCCGAGAAUCAAAUCACGUUGGAUUCAGUGGUCACUGAAAACGGCAACAACUGGUCUCAAGGCCAAAGACAAUUGAUUGCUUUGGCUCGUGCGCUUGUCAAGAAGUCAGCACUGAUCAUCUUGGACGAAGCUACUUCAUCCGUCGACUUUGAUACUGACUACAAGAUUCAACAAACCAUUCGCACUGAAUUUGUGGACUCUGCUCUGCUGUGUAUCGCUCAUCGUAUCCGUACUGUUGCUGAUUACGAUCGUAUUCUGGUCCUGGAUCAAGGCGAAGUUAAGGAAUUUGAUACUCCCUAUGAUUUGAUGACUACAGAUGGUAGUAUAUUCCAGCAAAUGUGUCUUCGCUCGGGCGAAUACAAUGACUUGUUAGCUAUUGCUAAAGCUAAAAAGGAUCAAUCCUCUUAA